AUGGAUGCACUAAAGGAGAAGAAGAGACCACCACCAAAACAUAGAAGGCACAUGAUCCGGAUCAUCAUGGAAGACAUGAUGGCUACUGACACCAGACCAGGCAGCAGCAAGUUGAAGCAGGUUGCACAGCAGCUGGUUGAGAGAUACCCUGAUUCCUUCUUGGACAAAUGUGGCAUAAAUGUUGUGGGACAAGGUUUUGCAUCACUUGUAAUGCAAAUGGAGAACAGGGUUGAGAAUGUCAGAAGACAGUAUGCUUUUAGCACAUCCCAUGAAGGGAGGCCAAAGAAAAAAUGUAGAUCUUCUGACCGUUAUGGUUGUACUCAGUGGCAACCCGAGUCACUGAAUGACUUUAACAGCCAAGAGGAUAAAAAGAAAAUGCUUCAAGAUGCCUUUAAAGAAAACCUUCUCCCUCAGAGUGACAUUAAAAGACUGAUGUCUGAAACAUACUGUGCCCAGCGCAUCACUCUGAAUAGUGAGGAAAAUGUAAUCAAAGUCAUGGAAGAAUGGCAUUACAUCUUCAACACCACCCAUCUGCUCGACCACACAGAGAAACUAAUGGGAUUUCCUGUCCAAACCAAAUUGCUGGACCAAAUUCAGGAGAAGGGCAAGAUCAUCACGGAGUUUCUUGGUAGCAAGGGAAUCACAGGAGUACCUACAGACCCAUUGAAACUCCUCCAGGGUCUAGUGAAGUACCUCGCAGAGGAGCAAAAGGUGCUUUUAAUAAAUGAAGAAGAAGCCUUAGCAGAGCUGCCAAGCACCCCAUGUAUCAUAGUUAUGGAUGAAGGAAGAUACAAGAUUUCAGUGGAUGAAGUCACAGUUAACAUCGUUGGCUGUCCACUAGUUGCUGUGAGCUAUAUGUUCAGCCAAUAUUAUGUGCUGAAUAUAAAGUAUCCAAAGGGAGCAGCCUUGACUCUGGAGUUCAUCCAGAGGUGCCUGCUAGGGAUAAACCCAGAACGGGGCACGAAAGCAGAAAAGGGGGGGAAACAGUACAACGUCCCCCCAAAACUGCUUCGAUUCCUGUCGGUGGUCUCUUCUUCUCCUUCAGUGCAUCCAUCAACGUAUCUGGGAACUUCUGCCAUGGGAUUUGAAACUUCUGUGGCGUCACAGUUGGCGUCACACUUGGCAUCACAGUUUGCGUCCCCACCAGAUCCUGUCGGACCUUAA